UCUAGAUGUGCUGGGGAGUGUCCAGGGUGCGGCCACUGUUGCGGUGGUUGCUCCCAGUGCUGCUGCUCGCCGCUACACCACGGGAAGUUCGAGGCCACGGGCGCAUGAUGGAACCACCGGCACGCAAUGCAAUGUGGCGCUUCGGCUUUCCUAAUCCGGUCAAUUACAACGAUAACGAGCUGUUCUGCGGCGGUUACGCAGUGCAGUGGGAACAGAACCAGGGCAAUUGCGGGGUAUGCGGGGACGCGUACCAUCUACGAUCACCACGGCCCCACGAGGCGGGCGGUGAGUAUGGCAAGGGUAUUGUGUCGCGUCGGUACGUGGCGGGGCAGGAGGUCGAGGUUGAGAUCGAGCUGACCGCGAACCAUAUGGGCCGGUUCGAGCUGUACCUCUGUCCCAACAACAACCCGCAGGCGGAAGCGACACAGGAAUGUUUCGACCGCUAUCCGCUGUAUCUCGCCGGUACGCGGGAGGUUCGGUUUUUCAUUCCUCCCGAGUCGAAGAAAAAGGAUGUGUUCCGGUACCGUGUGCAGCUGCCAUUGUACGUCAGCUGCACGCAGUGCGUACUGCAGUGGACGUACUUUACCGGUAAUAUGUGGGGAAGAUGCGACAACGGUACCGAGUCGGUUGGUUGCGGAAGACCAGAAACGUUCCGUAACUGUGCCGACAUCAGCAUCGUGUCCAAUACUGGUGGAGGCCGGCCUCCACUCUUUGUUGGCAAUAAUAAUCCGUUCCUGCUGUACUACCGGGACUUCCGCGAUCCGAAGCCUGAUAACGUGUAUCCACUCAUCAUCCGGGACCAGGUAUGCCUACCCACCGCAACCUACCGCAGCUUCAUCGGGAUGGAGGAUUGGUGCCAGAGCAACUGUCUCCGCUAUCCACCGAACUGUCCGGAAACGGUGUGCCACUGUCCCCAAACGUGUGAAGCGAUCGGUGAGCUGCGAGGCCGCGAGGGAGCCGACGUAUACUGUCUGGACCAGUGUCUCAACUUCAAGUCCAACUGCCCAGCCGACAGAUGUCGUUGCUACUAAAUGCGCCAUUGCAGACAG